AUGAGGAAUUUGAAGAAGGCUGCAAAGCCGCCUGCAAUGGGUAUGAUACCUUGUUUCUUAAAAUCUUCUUUAGGCUCUGACUACACCUGGAUAACAGAAGACAGUUUCUCAACGCCUUAUGAUGGGAAAUGGAGUAAAACAAUGGUGGGAUUUGGGCCUGAGGACGAUCAUUUUGUUGCAGAACUGACUUACAAUUACGGCAUCGGAGACUACAAGCUUGGCAAUGACUUUAUGGGAAUGACGCUCGCUUCUAGCCAGGCUGUCAGCAACGCCAGGAAGCUGGAGUGGCCCCUGACGGAAGUCGCAGAAGGUGUUUUUGAAACCGAGGCCCCAGGAGGAUAUAAGUUCUAUUUGCAGAAUCGCAGUCUGCCUCAGUCAGAUCCUGUAUUAAAAGUAACUCUAGCAGUGUCUGAUCUUCACAAGUCCUUGAACUACUGGUGUGAUCUACUGGGAAUGAAAAUUUAUGAAAAAGAUGAAGAAAAGCAAAGGGCUUUGCUGGGCUAUGCUGAUAACCAGUGUAAGCUGGAGCUCCAGGGCGUCAAGGGUGCGGUGGAGCACGCAGCAGCUUUUGGAAGAAUUGCCUUCUCUUGCCCCCAGAAAGAGUUGCCAGACUUAGAAGACUUGAUGAAAAGGGAGAACCAGAAGAUUCUGACUCCCCUGGUGAGCCUGGACACCCCAGGGAAAGCAACAGUACAGGUGGUCAUUCUGGCCGACCCUGACGGACAUGAAAUUUGCUUUGUUGGGGAUGAAGCAUUUCGAGAACUUUCUAAGGUGGAUCCAGAGGGAAGCAAAUUGUUGGAUGAUGCAAUGGCAGCAGAUAAAAGUGACGAGUGGUUUGCUAAACACAAUAAACCCAAAGCUUCAGGUUAAUGGAAGACGUGAUGCAGAGCAAGCCUCUGUGAUUCCUGCCCAGCACCUGUGAGGCCUGACGUGUCAGUUCCUGAUAAAUGUUCUUCUGAUUUGUUUCCCCUAGAGGCAAGGAGGCUUGGGUAGUGCAGAUCUGUGUAUUUCAACCUUUGAAAGCUCUGAUGUAUUUUAGAAAUGAAAUCCAAUCAUGAGUGCAGGUAGAGAACGCCUGCUAUAAUCUACAGUAUUGCUGGGACUGCACAUUCUGUAUAUAACUGUGUUCGAUUAGUGACAGAUGAUUGUCCAGACUAGGACAGCAGCAUGAAACAUUUGGUUGGGAUUGCAGAUGGUUAGGGUUAACUCUGAAUCAUGCGGAUUUUAUGAGAGCAGGUGUUCAAGUCAGUCCAAAUUAAUGGCUUGUCAUGGUGCCAUUCCCAGCACCUGAUAAUGAUAGGCUGUUCUGCUAUCUCUGGCAGGUUUUGACAUUUUAAAUUUUUUUUUUUUUUUUUUUUUUUUUUUUUUGAGACGGAGUCUCGCUCUGUCACCCAGGGUGGAGUGCAGUGGCCGGAUCUCAGCUCACUGCAAGCUCCGCCUCCCGGGUUCACGCCAUUCUCCUGCCUCAGCCUCCCGAGUAGCUGGGACUACAGGCGCCCGCCAUCUCGCCCGGCUAGUUUUUUGUAUUUUUUAGUAGAGACGGGGUUUCACCGUGUUAACCAGGAUGGUCUCGAUCUCCCGACCUCGUGAUCCGCCCGUCUCGGCCUCCCAAAGUGCUGGGAUUACAGGCUUGAGCCACCGCGCCCGGCCAGACAUUUUAAAUUUUUUAAAGAAAUUUUAUUCCUUGGGCCAAAAGGUUUGGUUAACAUCCCCAUCUUUCUUGCUUUUACAUUUUGAGCAUCCAGAGGAAACAGAAAGGAAUGAGUGUGUGACGUUGCUGCACACCUGGCUCUGUGCAAGUUUCUUUCUGUAUAUAUAUAUUUUGUUUUGUUUUAUUUUUUUCUGUGUAUAUUUUUAAUCCCCACAGAACAUCAUGUGAGAUUUCUUUAAAAUAGAUUAAACAAUUUCAUCACCCUGAAAAAAAGGUUUUAAAAAUGUUUUCUUGUAGUUUUGUUUGGUUCUAUGUAACAUAGGUUUUAAUCACUCGAAAUGGAAUUAUAUUGGGUAUUCAUCGAAUAAUUAAAUUUUUUUUUUUUAAAGUAAGCUUCCAAAAUCAAGCUGUUACACCAGUCCCUAAGUCUCAUCAUUUAAAGUGGCGGCCAGGUUCGGAUUUUUAAAAAUAAACUUAGGAGAUUGG